GAAGCCUUGCCUUGCUGGAGGAAGUAAGUCAUGGGGAGAUAAAUGGCUUUGGGAGUAAAAGACCUUCUUCGGUUUUCAGUCAGGACUUUGUGCUCCCAGCUCUGCACCUGAGCUCUCAGCUUCCUGAGAACACAGCACUGCCAACCUGUCAUUUGCUGCUGUGUUCUCUGCCACAAUGGACUCUUACCCUUGAGGAAACUGAACUUACUUUCCAGCCCAGGCUCUCGUUUGUCUAACUGAAUCUACAUCACCUGAUGGGAAACGAGGCUUCCAGGAAAGUGCAACAGCUGCAGUAAACUAUAAAGAUAAAUGUAUCAGAGAAAUGGGGGAGUUACUUUCCGGUUGUUUGGACCUCCCAAAUUAUACUCUCCAGAAUUUACAGAGAAAGCCAGACAGUGUCUUCACUGCCUCCUGACUGCUAGAAUGUCUACCCUGUGUGCUUACCAUGAAGUAAAGAAACCCCUCUCCAUUAUACAUUAUUCCUGUCACCAUGAUGUUCUGCCCAAGGAUAUGAGACCAAGCAACACAGACAGGAUCCUCUCAUAUGAACUGUUAAGACGAUGGAGACUCCUGGAGAUGGACUCAAUGCAUUUGCUUCACGAGGAGUCUUUGGGAUGUUAUGGGAUAUUAUGGUUGACCAGGGCAUGUUCCCACAGACUCAGGUAUUGGUGCUUUAGCUGGCAGCUUCAGGGGUUUUUCAGAAGUGAUUGGAUCCUAAGAAGUCUGAUGUAACCAAUGAGUUAAUCAGCCAAUGGCCUUGUUGGGAGAUGGUGAGAAGUAGGACACGCAUCACAGUAAGAAGAAGUAAGCCGAUGGAGUGUACACUUGGGGGCUGCAUGUGCCCAGGGCUCUUCCUGAAUUCCCACUUUGUGUCUUGUCUGCUGUAAAGUGAGUGGACUCUGCUAUACACUCCACCAGCAAGAUGCUCUGCCUGACCAUGGGUCCAGAAUCAAUAGAACUAUGGAAUGAAACCUCUGUAAUUGAGAGUACAACUCACUCUUCCUCUUCCAAAAGGAAAUAAAAGAAGUUCAGACAUUGGUUAAGAAUGGACCUGCGGUGACUUUGCAAGUGCCUAACUACAUUCUUCAGUUAUACGUCUACAUGGAUGCGAAUGGAUGUUCUUCUAAAUGUUAUACUAAGUGUUGCCACACUUUUGGUAACUCUUUGUAGGGGGCGGAAGGCAGAAUAGACAAGUGGUCUUGUCCUUUAAAGGGAAGAUUUAGCCAUGCUCCCAGUUAACAAGUACAUACUUUUGGGAACCCCAGAAUAUGGGGUUGGGGAGGGAAAAAUAGAGAGAGAGGAGUGAGGAGAUGAGGAGAGGAACUUCAGGAGGGGAGGGAAGAGAGAAUGAACUCUGGGAAAGAACAUCGAAUUCUCACAAGUGCAGAAAUGUGUCCUGUAAAUGAUCAAAGCUCUGUCUGUGUGCACCUAACUCACACGUAUGCCUUGUCAGUCCUUUGAACUAGAGGUACCAGAGUGUUGUUUUCUUUUUUCAGAGUAGGAUAUUUCAGGACAGUUUCCCAAGUAACAGUUCUAAGACAGUGCACUAGGCAGAGAGCCAUAUGUUACAAAUGUGUUUUACAAUUGUCCAUCAAUCUAAGAAUGUAUCCUUCCUCUUUCUGUAUUCUACCAACUCCAACAUUUCCUUCCAUUUCUUUUAUUUUUGCUAGAUUAUUUUCUUUUAAUUGGUGUAUGUCUUAGAGAGGUUUCAAUUGCCGUGAAGAGACACCAUGACCUCAGCAGCUCUUAUAGAAGAAAACAUUUAAUUGGGGCUGGAUUGCAGUUCAAAGGUUUAGUCCGUUAUCAUCAUGACAGGAAGCAAGAUGGUAUGCAGGGAGACAUGGUGCUGGAUAGCUGAGAGUUCUACAUUUGGAUCUGUAGGAAGCAGGAAAAGAGAGUUCUACACUGGGCAUGGCUUGAGUAUCUGAGACACCAAAGCCCUAGCACCUACUCCAGCAAGGCCACACCUCCUAAUAGUGGCACUUCCAUGGAGGCCAUUUUAUUCAACCCACCACAUUGUAAAUUUAUUGUACAUAAAGAUAAGUUCUGUAAC